AUGUCGCGAAAGCAGGUCGACCAUGACUACAACCUCCGUAGUAUGAGCAACCUGAUGGGCGAGCGGUGGAAGAAAGUGAACGACGGAGGAGAGCGGAGUCUCAUCAAGGCUCCUGCCCUGUGGCGGGAGGUGCUCAUAUCAAGUACUGUGGCCGCUGCCGCCUUGUCUGCCCUGCUGGGCGGCUUCCUCAACGGGCUCUUGGGGCGUAGAGUGUGCAUUCUGCUGGCCAGCUUCUUCUUCACCGUCGGCGGAAUCGUACUUAGCACCGCCCCCGGCAAAGAGGUUCUUCUGACUGGGAGGCUCAUUGUCGGAGUGGGGCUUGGUAUUGCUUCUAUGACAGUACCCGUAUACAUCGCAGAGGCCUCUCCUCCCCACCUCAGGGGUCAGCUGGUGACCGUUAACACCCUCUUCAUCACUGGAGGGCAGUUCACUGCAAGCCUCAUCGAUGGUGCCUUUAGCUAUCUGCAGCACGAUGGAUGGAGGUAUAUGUUGGGUCUGUCAGUGUUUCCUGCAUUGCUCCAGUUCAUUGGAUUCCUGUUCCUGCCAGAGAGCCCUCGCUGGUUAAUCCAAUGCGGGUUGACUCAGAAGGCCCGCCGCGUGCUCAGUCAGAUCCGUGGCAACCAGAAUAUCGACGACGAGUAUGACGGCAUCAAGAACAGCAUUGAGGAGGAGGAGAAGGACAGUGGAGGAGAUGGCCCAGUGAUCUGGCGGAUGCUGACCUACCCCCCAACUCAGCGAGCCCUCUUGGUGGGCUGCGGUCUUCAGAUGUUGCAGCAGCUCUCGGGAAUCAACAUAGUCAUGUACUACAGUGCCACCAUCUUGCAAAUGUCUGGAGUGCGGGAUGACAGGUUGGCAAUCUGGUUGGCCGGGCUCGCUACCCUCACCAACUUCCUGUUUACCCUUCUGGGAGUGUGGCUGGUAGAGAGAGUUGGGCGCAGGAAACUCACCUUGGGUAGUAUUAUAGGUACAUGUUUGAGUUUGAGUCUGUUGGCCAUUGGUUUUCUGAUGUCUGCCCAGCACAGUCCUCCUGUCACCUUCCACCCAUUAGAGCCUACCUUGGCCAACUCUACCUGUUCCAAGUACCAGCUCUGUGAGUCAUGCAUGCUGGACCCUGGAUGUGGUUUCUGUUACCGUGAGAACAGCUCAGCACUCCUCACCUCCUCUUGCGUUCCAGUCAAUAAGGCCUCCAAUGAGCGUGCAGCAUGGGGCAGAUGUUCCAACUCUAGCCUGAUGAGUCAUCAGACCUAUUGGGCCUACAACUACUGUCCCACCUCCUACUCCUGGCUGGUGUUACUGGGCCUGGUGCUCUACCUGGCUGCCUUCGCUCCAGGGAUGGGCCCAAUGCCAUGGACCAUCAACUCAGAAAUCUACCCUCUAUGGGCGAGGAGCACAGGGAAUGCCUGUGCAGCUGGAGUCAACUGGACCUUCAACAUCCUGGUGUCUCUCACCUUCCUCCACCUGGCUCAGUACUUCACAUACUAUGGAGCUUUCUUCCUCUACUCCAGCCUAGCCUUGCUGGGUUUCAUCUUCAUCUUUGGCUGCCUGCCGGAGACCAAAGGCCGGCGUCUGGAGGAGAUUGAGGCAUUGUUCGAAAAUCAGCUUUGUUCAUGUGGUGCCUCAGAUUCAGAUGAGGGACGGCAGGUUGAGUACAUACGAGUCAAAGGUUCAAACUACCAUUUAUCAGACAAUGACGCAUCAGAUGUGGACUAGUGAGUGUAACACCAUUGGUAACCUCCUUCUGGGUGUUUCAUUAGCUUUGAGCUUUGAUGAUUACUGAAAUAUGCAGGGUAGUCACAUCUGUAAUAUUUUGGUUGUUUUGUGUGUGAGCUGAAGAACCACUAGUUUCCCCUCAUUAUGAGGUUAAAAAGAAGAGUUUAAAAGGCUUUGUUUGUGAGUUUGUUCAUUUUCAAAUCAGUCAAUUCAGCAGCCUAAAAUCAGCAACAGUGCUUUUAGCAGUUAGCAGAAGGAGUAUGAAUGUUUCCAUCCUGUUAUCUAAACUGAGGAUAAACUGACACCAAACCUGCUGAAUUCUCAACUAGGCAACACAAAUACAGUAUUUCAACCAAAGGCUACAAUGUUGCUUUUCCAGAUAUAAACAACAAAGACAUGGACAGGAAACAUGACUGCUGAACACAUACUGAAUUAUAUAAUGUAUAAGGGACUCCUUUGCCCUCAUGAAGUCCAGCAUUGUUGAUUUAAUUUACAAAAGGGGUGUGGCUCCAUGUCAGGAAGAUGUCCUUUAUACUUUGCACAUUUGCUGAGUAAAUAUUAAGAUCAAGAUCAAAGAUCAAAGAUUUCCUAUUGUCAGUUCACUAUAUGUGCAAGACAUACAGAAAAAUUGAAAUACUGUUUCUCUCUCACCUAAUCUUGAAUGCCCAUACCAUUAUGACAUGAUUCAUAUAUGAUGUGUGUAAGAUAUCAAAGUUUUACUUCCUUGAGCAUCAUGUCAGAAUAUGUUUCCAAUAAGAACUGAAAAAGGUACAGUAAAUGUGAUUUCAGAAAUAGGUUUGUACAUUCAUAAACCCAUUGCUGACAUGACAGCAAUUAUGUCUGUAGUACCUUUAUGCCUUUCUAUAUGAAACACAUCUCUGCUAAAUGUCAUUUAAAGAGCUCAUGACAUGCUCAUUUCCAGCCAUUUAAUGUUUAAUCUUGGGUACCUCUAGAUUAGCUUUGCAUCCAUCAUAACUCCAAAUACUCUUAACUAUUUCAGAAGGAUAAAACCAGAGAUCUUCUUCCUAAAAAUGAGAGGACAGUUUGUGAACGCGCACACCUCCUGCUGCCGGUGUUGUGUCAAAAGUGGACAGCAUGACAAACUGCAACAGCAUUAAUUAAUUUGAAUUUCUCCUCCAUACAUAGGUAAAUAAUGGUAUAUAUACUAAUGAAAAGAUAUUUGUAAUACUUGUAAUUGAGAGACCCCGUAUUUGAACUGCCAUAAUGUAUACAUAGUGUGACGACCGCUGGCUGGGUUGAGGAGAGCUGGUCCGAUCCUAACCUAACUGUGCAACUACUAUCCAGCUGUGUGCUGGCACCUAGACUGACAAUGAGGAGAACACUGUCUCUGUCUUUUCUUGGCUUUAUUCAGGCGUACAAAAACACGAAAGAAAAGGGUUGUAAAACGCAGCACUGUGUGCUCACUGGAAAAAGUAACAAAAACAGAACAUUACAGGUCUCUUCCCGAACUUCCCCAUCGCCCGCCAACAGAACCUAAAACAACACGCCCACCUGUCAUUCCUCUUAUACCCUCCCGCACCUGUUCCUC